UUUCAGGUGGAGCUUGGAUGGGAAUAUGAUCGUUUUAAGCUUUUCGAUUGUCUUGGUUACCUGAUCAGCAGUCGGGGAGUUGUAACAUCGGCCUCUUGUGUGAAAGCGAAAUUUGCUUAUCCAAACAUCGUGCGUAACGUACACCCUACUGAUAGGAUUGUUGUACCGAUAGCAUCCGUACACAUUCAUCCAGAAUACAACGAAACGGAUCGUUCGCAUGAUAUUGCUCUGAUAAAGCUGUCGAGGGAAGACUACAUAACGGUGAACCUAUUUCCGGUUUGCCUAUGGCAAAGCCGCUUCAAUGAACAACUCCAGCAAGGUAGUUUGUUUGCUGUCUUAAAAGAACAUGAGUGCCGUUUUCAUUCAUUGAGUCAACAGGAAUGCAAAGUGAUAUCGAAGUAUCCGACAGUGGAAUCUGAAAUGUGCAUCUAUGAUCCCUUUACACGAUCCUGUUCGUUGUACUAUAUUCCUGCAUUGAAACAUUCUGCUGUAAAGUGUAAGUUUGCCGAAGAUGAUGGUGAAAGCUGCAGUAGCUGUAUAAACCCUGGUACUCCUAUUAUACUAAAAGGCAUACUGGACGACGAAAUCAUUCCUGUAAAUUACUUGUUUGGUAUACAUGGAUACAGAGAAUGUGACGCAAAAGAAAUUCACUUCAUUUUUCGUAUAGAAGCUUACGUCUAUUGGUUUGUAAAAGUACUCAAUUAAUUAUUUGAAGCAAUAGCAUAGUGAGAGGUACUGAAUAUGUUUAAACAAAGCUAUUGAACUUUGUAUGAUACGUAGUAUCAUACAAUGAAUCGCGCUCCAGCAAACCAUAAGAUUCUUUAUGCUUCCUCAACAAACAGCAAAACAAGCAAUAAAUAAGCCUUCCAGCAAUCAGAACCUCACAUCAAAACGAAAUAAAUUUUCGUUCUUCUGCGUGAGUUUUAAAUAAAGGGAGAAUUUGAGAAUAUGAGAGAAAUAUUUUUAAACAAAAAAUUAAUUCAAAACCACCAAUAGACACCAUAUAUUUGAAUAGAAACAAUUAUUACCAACCUCACUUUUGUUGGAAAUUUUCGUUUCAUUUGAAUAGCGGUCGAUUUCACGCACACGAUUAAUCGGCCUGUGGAUAAU